UUCAGCUGUUUCAGUAAAUAAACAAUCUUUUGACAACUAUUACUUGUAGGCAAGAAGACUGGAUGAAUGUCAGAGGUGAUAGUUUGAGCAGGUCAUUGUUAUAAACAAACUUGUGUCUUUUUAUUACAAAUUGAGAAGCUUGAAAGCAUCAGAGCUAUUAACAAUGAAAAGAGCUGUGAAGUUCUCCAGCACCGGCAACAACACUGUCUCUGCACUCCUCAUUAUUUUGAUUGUUUGCUACAUGGUGAAAUUAUCCUGGACUUCAGAUUCUGACAUUACACUGGACAUGGCAACAAAUUCUGUUGAUGAUCAAUUCAUAGGCUGUGAGAAUGACACGUACAACAAGAUUAUAAAUGAGACUCUACAAGAAGAGUUACUUUUAGAUGUAGAUUUUGAAAAAACUUGGAAAAGAUACAAUAACAUUACAAAUUAUUUUCAAAGGAUAAUAAAAGUCUACACAGAUCCAAGGGGGUCUUAUCAAAAACUCAAUAAUGCUGUGAGCUCAGGCAGGCUGAGAUAUAAAGAUGAUUUUAACUAUAACGCCUACCAUUUCUUCCUAACACGCACCAUACAAAUGUAUCAAGUAAAGAAUUGCACUGAUGUUUUCCGUAGGACCAAAAUCCCUUUCAAUUCAGCUGUUCGUGGUCAGGAAAUCAGAUUUGGCAGGUUUGCAUCAGCUUCGUUUUUUUAUAACUUGACUCAUUUUGGUGGAAUCUCCUGUUUUAAUAUUACAACAUGCCUUGGUGCAGACAUAUCCACAAGGUCUACGCUCUCUCAAGAGAAAGAGGUGCUAAUCCCACCUUAUGAAAAAUUCAAAAUUACAAAUAUUGUGGAAAAUGAGAUUGACUGUAAGAUUAUUUACACUCUAAAGAGUGCUGGAAAUUUUAGUAAUAUGAACUGUGAGCUGGCAAAUAAAAAUGUAAGUAAAACACAGAUUGUUUAAAAUGCUCCUUAUACAUUAGAAAAACUCUAGAUAGUUUUAUUAUUAUUACUAUAAUUAUAUUAUCAUUAGCUCCAAUUAAGUAAUUAGAAAAAUAUUAUAAAAAAAUAAAAAAUAAAAAAUUAUAUAUAUAUAUAUAUAUAUAUAUAUAUAUAUAUAUAUAUAUAUAUAUAUAUAUAUAUAUAUAUAUAUAAAAUCAGUGCUUGGUGAGGUGACUGUCUAAAAUGUCUAUUGAAUUUCUUACUUUACAUACUUUUAGUUAUUUUGCGCCAACAAUUUUUUUUUUAUGUUUUUGUCUGCUGCCAAUUUCACAAUACUCAUUCUUAUUUUAUUGUCACAGUCGAUCUUUGUGUUUUUUCUGAUCCCACACAAUUUAAUUCAUUGUAAAUUUUCAAAUGUACUUUAAUCCUAUGACUACUGGCCAUUUGGUAGGUAGCAGUUAUUAACCUGAGCUAGUUUGGAUGCAGCAUGCGGUCAUUUACACCAACUUAUGUAACAGUUGUCAAUCUCUGUAUUUUAGACACUUUGUUCAUUAAACAUGGCUGCCUCGACCCCAACUCUAUUAUGAUCAUGCUGUAAAUAAAAAUGUGAAAAGAAAGAAAAUAACAAUGUCUGGGAUAUUCUGUAAAAGUAUAUUCUUGUUGUGUUUUAUUCCAAAUUUUUUCAAUUGUUUUUCCGAUACCAAUGUUGCAUUGUACCGAUUUAAUUUGAGAUGCUUACAUGUGAAAUGCAAAUCCUGUCUGCAGUGUGACAUUUCUGCACUUAUUUACUGUAUUUGUUAUUAUUCUUGUUUAAUAAUCCAAACUGUUUUUAUACAUUUUUGUGUGAUAUUCUGUACAUCAUGGUUUUAAACUCUUUUACGAAUGUUUAUCCAAAUUAUCUUUCAUUUUAACUUUAGCUAAAGUACUUAAGUAGUUUUGAUCGCUUUAUUAGAAAGCUGUUUCUGUGUGUUGUGUGUGAAAGAAAAUAAAAGUUGUUUUACCCA